CCGCGGUGGCGCGCGCGCGGGCUCGCGCCACUUUUGUCCCUCGACACGUGAACCGCAGCCACGUGGUCCCAGUACGUGACAGGAGAGAGCUGCUCGCGAGACGGUGUUUCGUAGACAGUGAGAAAAGUUUUCGCGACCGGGACUUCAGGGUUCCCCAAUCCCCGCAGCCGUGAACACGAGAGCAACCGUCAACCUGGAGCCCACGUGCCAGAAACGACGGAAAUGUGAGGCCGAUGGGAAGGAGGCGAAGGCUGAGUUGACGGCGCAACGCAAUAUGUUCCCUAGCGCUCAAAUUAAAAUGAGAUUGCUGUCGCCAAGCAGUUCGCCGGCCACCUCGCCCACAAUGUCGAAUUCCUCGUCGCCGACACCACCGACACCGGCAGCCCCGACUUACAAUCAAAAGAUGACCGGUAUUCCUUGUGUGGCGGCCGCUUCGAGGUACACCGCACCGGUCCACAUCGACGUCGGUGGCACGAUAUACACAUCCUCCCUCGAGACGUUAACAAAAUAUCCGGAAUCUAGACUAGCGAAAUUGUUUAAUGGCAGCAUCCCCAUCGUUCUGGAUUCUCUAAAACAACAUUACUUCAUCGAUAGAGACGGCGGCAUGUUCCGGCACAUACUCAAUUUUAUGCGAAAUUCCCGGCUACUCAUACCCGACAACUUUGCCGAUCUCGAUUUGCUGUUAGAGGAAGCACGAUACUUUGAUAUUGCCCCGAUGUGCAGGCAACUGGAACAGAUGAAGAAGGAGCGCAUAAAAAACGGCUCGACGACGAUGAUGACAGCGUCGUCGCCGAGUCCGCCGCCCUCCGGUCAGCUCGGCUCCGGUCGCGGCACCACAGCCUGCACCACCGCGCCUUGCAAUCGCGAUACCGAGAAGAUGCGCGGUAACGACGGCAAUUGCAGCUACGAGUGCGUGGCGUUACACGUGAGUCCGGAUCUGGGCGAGCGGGUGAUGCUGUCGGGCGGACGGGCCCUUCUGGACGAGGUGUUCCCGGAGACGACGCAAGCGGUGAUCGACGCGCGAUCCGGCGUCGCCUGGCAUCAGCAGGACGCCCGUCACGUAAUCAGGUUUCCGCUGAACGGUUAUUGCAAGCUUAACUCGGUUCAGGCGAUCACCAGACUGCUGAACGCCGGCUUUCGGGUGGUCGCGAGCAACGGCGGCGGCGUCGAGGGCCAGCAAUUCUCCGAGUACCUGUUCGUCAGGCAAUCCGUCAACACCUGACGGAGCACGGCGCAUCAGCGCAAAACGAUCUCCCGAUCGAUCCGUUGUCUGCAGCGCGACUACGAUCCGGAGUGAGUGCAACUGUCCAGGAGAAUCUCUCAAGACUGCAUCGAUAAUAUGGUUAUUCUGAUAAAUUACACGGAGCAUCUCUUCGACGGAAGGCUGACAGUCGCAACCGCAGUUUAAUACCAAGAUACAAAAGUCUUCGAAACGUAUAUUAAAGUUUCUCGACGCUUACGUCAAAUAUCUUGGACAAUACUGAGGAAAUGUGGAUGAAUAAUUUUUGCGAUUUAAAUUCAUUUCAUGAAUUAUUUUUUAUCAAAUUUUAUCAGCGAUUUUAUCAGCGAUCUUGUUUAUACAUAUACGCAAGUUAUAAAAAUUGUUUGCACGUAUUUCUGAUGUUAUAAUUUGAGAUGGCUGACAUAGAGGAUAUUUAAUCGAUCACUUUAAUUAAUAAAAUGCUAAUUAUAUAAAUAAAAUAUAUUAUUAAUUUAACUGAUACAAAUUUGUAAUAUAUAAAUUUAAUAAUUUAUAUAAAAUUAAAGAUUAAAGAAAUAGAUUAGCAAUAAAUCUGGAAAAGAAAGAGAUCAAGGGGAUAUUGCUAUUUUAGAACAAAUUCAAUAAUUAUCUGCAGUUGCGACGAUUACAAGACGUUACAGCAGCCAUUCAAUAAGAACUUAGAUGUGGUUUAGAUAGAUCGUCGUUGAUCUCAAUGAUAGAAAUUAUAUAAAUUAUUGCACAUAUGUUUAAAAAUAAAUAAAAAUUAAGCAGACAUUAUUUGAUUAGAUAUAUUUUCCGAUAACGACGAUCAUCCAUUGAGUCACAUCUAAAAAGCAAUGACCAAACAGCGUAUAGUAAACAAUGUAAUAAUGGCAACGAUGUAUCGUGUGAUUCACAACAAAGAGCCUAAGCCACAUAACAUAUUAAUCGCAUAUAUGCUAUCUCAUAUUUUUUUCUUCCGUCUGUAAAAAUGCACUCACAUAAAAUCUCACUGAAAUAAAAUAUCCAUAAUAAAAUAGCCAUAACGGAAAAGCUUGAAAAAGUGAAUCAACAAUAUGUCAUAGCUGUGUCUUUUGCGCGCUUUUAAUGUUAUUUAAGAUCGAAACGUAUAAUUGUAAACAUCAUUGUUCAUUCCUCGUGUUACGAUCUGCGACUUGCGUUUGAGAAUAUCAGAUGCGCCAAUUUUUAACAUCGUUAUUAUUUAAUAAAGUGUAUCUAUAUGUA